UUCUUGAGUUGCUUUUGAUUUCUUCCUAAACUUGACCGGAAUUACUCCCUCCGCUAAAUUUGAGAUCUGCACAGACUUACGCUCUAAUUGAAGUAAGGUAGUCAGUCAACUUCCAGUCAGAAUCUUAGGUACGGUUGCGGUAGUCGUUGCUCCAGUGCCUCCUCCAUACUCUCCAAAUAUUUCACUUUCCACCUCUCUUCCUUGUCCUUCAUCUUAACCUCACCACCAACCUCGCCUCCUCCAUCUCUUUCCACUCCAUGGUAAUCGUGCUGGACCCGACCAAAUUCUCCUCAGAUUUCCUGUCUCCUUAGCAGCAUCGACCCACCCACAAUUUCAGCCCCUCGGCCCUCACCCACUACCCCAUCCCCAUCUAUCUCUCCAUCCAUCCGCUGCUCCCACAUGCUACACUAGCGACAGUCUCAACCAACCUAACAUCCACAUUCGUCUUGUCAUUUUAACCUUGCAGUCGUCUUCACCACAACCAUGGGCAAUCAGCAAUCCAACGAGAAAACCUCUUCGUCCGCUCCUACAAGAUCAAACACCCUUCACACCGACAAAGACCGUGACCGGAAGAUCAAUCGCAGAGUCUCCAUUCAAGCUCUUUCACAUGGGAGAGCCACACCAAUCGACCCUUCCGCUUCCCAAGAAAUCGCAGUUGCCCACACUACCUCUCAACAUCUCGACCAACCCGCUCUGCAUCAGUACCUUCAGCAAACUUCUUCCCCCGAACAGUAUGCCAAGGUUGGCAAGAUGAUCGAAAGGUCGGCCUCGAGGUCGAAGAGAGAUCCCAAGCAGGAUUCUCCCGCUCAACGCCAAUCGCCAUCUCAAUCUCAAUCCCCCAUCACAGUCCCACAAACCUCCACUCCCAUAGCUAUGCCCGCUUCAAGAAGUAAACAAGAUACCUUUGACGAAAGACUCGAGGAACAGCGCAAUGCCUAUGUCGAUCGAAGAUAUACCCCAGUCGCGAGAACUCGCCCUCCCAGACUUCCCCUUCCCAUCGCUGACGUUGCAAUUCCCGAAUCUCCCACUCUGUUACCAGUCGACAAAAGCAAUGCCGAUGUUCCUAUAUUCGAUAAUGACGACCCUAUCUCUCCCGUCGAACCCACGCUGCGGAGGAAAAGUUCCAUGCUAAGUCAGACUACCACUGAAGAAGACGUCGAGGAUGAAUUACAACCAUUUGCGCAAGAUGUGUCGCGAACCGUUCCCACUGUCAUCGAAUGGAAUCACCCAGGUCAUAAAGUCUACGUCACUGGAACUUUUGCCAAUUGGGACAAGAAAUACAGACUUCAUCCAAGAAAAAAUGCCACAGGAAUGUACACCACCAUCAAUCUUCCCUCGGGAACUCAUCAUCUGAAAUUCGUCGUCGACGGGGAAAUGGUCACUAGUCCUUCACUGCCAACAGCCGUCGACUUCAACAAUUUCCUAGUCAAUUAUAUCGAGAUUGCCACAGAAGAUCUUUCUAAGACUCGGAGAGAAAGUGCACAGCCCGGUCAAAAACCAAUCCCAGGCCUUUCAUCCGAUGACCAAGAUCAAUCGCGGUUCGAGACGUCUUCACCAGCAGAAUCCGAUACAGACUCUGUCCACGCCGAAGAAAUCGCUCCAGGUGACUUUCGUCAAAUCAUUCCUCAGGCCUUGAUCGAUAUUGAACUACCUGAGGAUGACCCACGCUAUCAAGCCGCUCAAAAGAUCCUCACUGAUAUUUCUGGUCCACCGACGCUCCCUCUGUUCCUCAGUCGCUCCAUCUUGAACGGCAUCUUACCAGUCAAGGAUGACAACAGUGUUCUGACAUUACCCAAUCACACUGUUCUAAACCAUCUUAUGACCAGUAGCGUCAAGAACGGCGUACUAGCCACCAGUGUCACCACCAGGUACAAGAAGAAGUAUGUCACCACCAUUUCCUUCAAGCCGGUACCAAAAUUCAGGCAAGAAGGCUAGGUCUGGCUGCUUCACCAGAGCAUUUGCUCGGUUUCUGUUAUCCCAAUUGCCGUUCCAGCGAACGAGGAUUGGAGUCUUUUGAGGUUGCGGCCACAAUGAGGUCAUCACAUUGUGCCGCAUGAUGAAUACAUGACGAUCAUGAAUAGACUGGUUUGAAUCUGAUGUCGAGGGGCCAUCGAUCCAGUGUGAUGCAUUUGGUCCUUGGCCAAGGAUUUGGCCGUGAUAGAUGAGCUUGGGCUGAAUUCUUACUAUAAUCCACCUUUUCCACGGAAAAAGGACGACCAAAGAACUCUCUUCUCACAAGGCUUGACUUGCGCAGGAUUCAAGCACCUUGUCGCUUGAUUUGGACCGUGUCUUUGGUGAGCUGUCGCAGAGACAGCAGAUAGGACCGACAUCUUGUAGUUAGAUAAUGUGAUCAAG